CCUACUGGAAAGACAUCAGUUUACAUCCAGCUGUACUCCAACAUCUCAAACAAACAUGAAGGUUUUUAUCAUCGCUGCAUUGAUGGCUGUUGCCUCAGCCCAAGGACCUUACAAGCCAUCCACUUAUCCGGUGGCUCCGUACAAGCCCGAAUACCCGUCUUAUAAACCUGGAUAUCCUGCUCCGGCUUACAAACCGGCCUACCCUCAGCCAAGCUACAAACCAGACUAUCCUUCUUACAAACCUGAAUAUCCAUCACCAUCUUACAAGCCUGAAUACCCUGCUCCAGCUUACAAACCAGCCUACCCAUCAAAGAGCUACGAUUACCCCCCAAUGCCGUACAAAUUCGAAUGGGCCGUUAAGGACGAUUACACUUACAACGAUUAUGCCCAUGAAGAGACCAGUGAUGACAAGGGUCAAGUAACCGGCUCUUACCGCACUCUCCUUCCCGAUGGGCGCACUCAAGUGGUCAACUACAAAGCCGAUGACUACACUGGAUACAUUGCUGAUGUCAAGUACGAGGGAGAAGCCAAAUACCCGGCUGAAUACAAACCAGCAUACAAGCCUGGCUACCCUGCUCCGGCUUACAAGCCUGCCUACCCCGAGCCAGCGUACAAGCCUACCUACCCUGAGCCAGCAUACAAGCCUUCCUACCCCGAGCCAGCAUACAAACCUUCGUAUGGAGCCCCAGCUUACAAGCCUUCGUACCCUGCUCCGGCAUACAAACCCGCCUACCCACCAGCCAAGUAUCCAGCCUACCCAGCUCCUAAAUACCCCGCCAGAUAUUAGAAUAGAAUCCCAAGCUAGAGAAGUGUCAAAUUCAAAUAAGAUAUAUUUUAAUAAAUCAUAAUAGUACAGUGAAA